CCAAAUCCGUAGGUUUAUCAUUUUCCUUUCUACUUCCCCAGCAGCGCCAGUCCUGAAUAGCUUACUCCCAAUUUAUUUACAGAAGAAGAAGUACCAAAUCCUUUGAGAGUCGCAGGAACAAUGGCCUCAAUGGCUACUACCCUUCAGAGCUCCUUCACUUCUCUUUCUCUCUCAUCCAAUUCCUCACUGGGCUACCGCUUCUCACCCACCUUCUGCCCACCGCUGGUCAAACCAAUGCAGAAGGCAUUUGUUAUUGAAAUGAAGCUGAAGCAUUGGGAGCGGAAGAAAUGCAAGCCAAACAGCCUCCCAUUGCUACACAAAAUGCACGUUAAGAUUGGAGAUACUGUGAAAGUUAUAGCGGGACGUGACAAGGGGAAAAUUGGGGAGAUCACGGAAAUCUUUAAGCAUAACAGCACCGUGAUAGUGAAUGAAAUUAACUUGAAGACGAAACAUGUUAAGAGCAGGGGAGAGGAUGAGCCGGGGCAGAUAAUCACGGUCGAAGCACCUGUUCAUAGCUCAAAUGUGAUGCUCUACUCCAAAGAACAGAAUGUCGCAAGCCGGGUAGGUCACAAGAUUCUGGAGAAUGGGAAACGCGCUCGUUACCUCAUAAAAACUGGGGAAAUAAUAGACACUGCAGAGAACUGGAAGAAUGUGAUUAAGGAGAGAGAGAAAACAAAAGUAGCUGCUGCAUCUUAGGAGCUCAGCUAAUGAUCCCAUCUGAUUGUAGUUACUGAAAUUCAUCGUUUUACUCUUCUCAUCCUUCUGUACAAUGGCAAGUUUUCGCUUCAAUUAUCUACUGUUAGUCCGCAUUUCAGCAGGAAAAAUGGGAAAGAAAACACUUCGUCCAUUUUGUGGUUGUAUGGCAACAAAUUCUGCUGUUCUACUUGAA